CGCCGUCCGUCUUUGUAAGUCGCGACCACACUGUUUCAGAGCAAUCCUUAUGCGCUGCAUCUAGGUACCCAGAGAACGAAUCCAGAUGGCGGAUGACACAGUUGAAGCUCAGCCGGCAAGCGCGCCAACCUCGGAUAGCGGUGCCGCUUCCUCGGAACCGCCCAAAAAAUUCCCGAAAGGCGUUGUUCUCGGAAAGGACGGCAAACCCUGCCGAUCAUGUACCUCCUUCGCCGCAUGGGCAUCGCAGACCAAAUCCUCCCUCAAAGGCUCUUCCUCCCCGACAACAGCAACCACCACCACCACCACCACCCUCCCAAAGGACUGUCCGCCGGACGUGGAACAGCUAGGCCGCAGCAGCUGGACGCUCCUACACUCAAUCGCGGCAACCUACCCGCCGCAGCCGACACCGGCCGAGCAGGCCGACGUGGCGCGCUUCAUGGGCCUGUUCGCGCGGCUGUACCCGUGCUGGGUGUGCGCCGAGGACUUUCAGCGGUACCUGGAGCGGCAGCCCGUGCGGACUGGCGGCAGGGACGAGCUGGGCACCUGGCUCUGCGAGGCGCACAACGAGGUCAAUCGUAAACUGAACAAGCCCGUGUUUGACUGCUCCCGGUGGCAGGAGAGGUGGCGGACUGGGUGGAAGGAUGGGAGCUGCGAUUGAGUUCGAGGUUUGAGUCUUUUUGUGGUUGUGUGGAUACCUAGCUUUCUUUACCUAAGGAGUGCGAAGGGGGAUGUGAGGAUGGUUGGCAUGUUGUGUGAUUAUCAUCUAGGCGGGAUUGUACAAAAUACCUAGAACAGAGCAGAACGAAUUGUGCGUUGGAUGGGUCGGCAUUGGAUGGGUGAUCACGCAUUAGAUCGGAGUUUAGGGGUUUGGCGUGGU